AUGCUAGAUCAACAGGCGAUUUUGGAGGCAUUUAGCCGUACCAUGGCUGCUGACGCCAUGGUAAUCAAACAGGCCGAACAACAAUUAUUUCACAUGCAGAAGGAGCCGGGGUUCACUUCCUUUCUGCUUAGUGCAGCUACCGAUUCAUCAAUUCCGCUAAAUGUGCGCAUUUCUUGCGCUAUAUAUAUGAAAAACAAGAUUCAGCGGUGCUGGUCAAGCAAAAGAGAUGACGCAAUUGUCCCGGACGAACAAAAUGCCAUAAAGGAAAACGUUGUGCAGAGCUUGAUAGCAAAUGCGGAUAAUAUGCAAAUCAAGCCAUAUCUGACAGAGUCUGUGCGUGGAAUACUGGACAACAGCAGCACUUGGGACUUGAGCGGUGUGAUCCAAGAGCUGUUGUCGAGUAAUAAGCCGGCUUUGGUAUACCCGGGACUUCUCUUGUUGUUUGAGGUUUGCAUCAAGCACAGAUGGGACAUGCCUGAAAGCAGGUCGUAUAUUGACGGCGUGGUUGAGGCUGUUUUCCCCAGUGUGGAGGGGAUUGCCGCCCAGCUUGUUAAUGAAAAUGACUACAGAUCCAACGAGUUGCUGUACUUGAUCUUGAAGUGCUUUAAGUACGCCUGUCUUAACAAUUUUCCGCGUUAUUUCAACAAUGUCGAGAAGCUCCAGUCCUGGAUUCAGUUGCAUCUCUUCUUGUGCUCCAAACCUUUACCGCAAGAAGUGCUUAAUCUAGAGGCAGCCGAUAGGUCGUUGGACAAGAGAGUGAAAUGUACCAAGUGGGCUUUUGGUAACCUUUCGAGAUUUUUGAUCAAAUACUCUAGAUCCACGAAGACCAUCACACAGGAGUAUGUGAACUUCGUCUUUGAACAAGUUGUGCCAACCAUUCUAAGUCAGUACUUCAAGACUAUUGAAGCAUGGGGUUCUGGUUCUUUGUGGUUAAGUGAGGCUUCGCUUUAUUACAUGAUAGAAUUUCUGGAAAAAUGUAUGACCACAGACUCGCUAUGGUCGUUAAUCAAACCACAUUUAGAAUCAAUUAUCACAUACGUGAUAUUUCCGUGUCUAUCUGCCAAUGAGGAAAGUGUCGCACUAUUUGAAGAUGAUCCUGAUGAGUAUACUAGGCGUUAUUUUGAUGUAAACAAGGAAGGGACUACAGCGGAUGUGGCUUCAACUGAUUUCAUUUUUGUGGUGGGCCACAGGAGAUUUGAAGAGGUGAGCAAAAUUCUCCCGCUGAUAAACAAAGCUUUCAACGAAUUUGCUACGAAGGGUGAUGUCACUAGCGCUUACCAGGAAGAGGGUGCGUUAAGACUCUUGAGUUCCCUCUGUAGCUUCUUAGCAGAGGAGGAUUCGCCAGUUCGCAACGAGUUAGAGAGCAUUUUUGAGCAUUUCGUUACGCCUUUACUAAAACAGGACAAAUAUCCUUUUCUGAUAGCGAGGGCCUUGGAAACUAUCGCCAUUCAUCAACAACAAUUUUCAGAUAUGAAUGUGUUAUCUCAAAUUUUCGAGGCUGUUUAUUUGAACUUCUUGAAUGCAGAUCAUCUGCCUAUUCAAGUUGAGGCUGCCGAUGCUUUGAAGACGCUGGUUGUAUCUAACCCAUCUAUUCAUCAACAUAUUUCUUCUCAAGUGCCGGGGAUUAUGGAGAAGCUAUUGAAAUUAUCCAAGGAAUUUGAGAUCGACAUUUUAUCCGAAGUGAUGGAAGCUUUUGUUGAGAGGUUUGCGGACGAGCUUACGCCAUUUGCUCAAGACUUAGCUGCAAAUCUGGCCGAGCAGUUCAUAACGCUAGGGCAGGCCAUUGUUGAAAAUUCCAAUGGUAACUACUCGACAGCAGAUCAAGACCAGGAAAUCCAGGCUAGUGCGCUGCUACAAACGAUGACUACGAUGGUGAUGUCCAUGAAUAAGGUUUCCCUGAUCGACAAAAUUAUGCCAGUUGUCAAGUUUAUUAUUGUGAAUGCACAAAUAACGUUCCUAAGUGAGGCUGUGGAUUUGAUGGACUCGCUUGCUCUAUCUUCUAAAGCCAUGUUUGACAGGUUCACACCCGAAAUCUGGGAAAUGCUGCAUGACGUUAUGGAUUCAUGUCAGACGUAUGCCUUGGAAUAUUUUGAAAGUUUCCAAGUUUUUUUCGAGACGAUUGUCACUUACGGGUUUCCAGCAGAUCAAACAUACGCGCCUGCAUUUCUCACAGUUCUUUCUCACGCCAUGGAGAGUGGUGUGGAUUUUGAUGUCGAAAGUUCAUUGAGCAUCCUGCUGUUCUACAUUCUGGCAAUGAAGGAGAUUCCCCUGUUCACCACCGUUUUGAAACUGGCUGGUGACGACAAUGAGGACUUGGAAGUUGAUGACUCUGUGUACGUGAAAAUUUUCCUUGCUGGUUUAUUUGUUAGACCAUUAGAUACAUUGCAAGCUUGUGAAGAAAAGGGUGCCACCCUUGACAUGCUGCGCAAGUGGUUUUCUUGCAAAUUCACCAGUGUGCUUACAAUAAAGCUUCAACUAAUGGCAAUAAUAUCAUUGUUCAGCCUGCCCGAACUACCUAGUUGUCUCAAUGGCUUCGUGCCACAACUAUCUGACAAACUCAUCGCGCUGACGGCCACGCUUCCGGAGGCAAUCAGAAAGAGAGAUGCCUUGUCCAGAGGCGAUCUAGGCGAAAGUGCUCUCCAGGAUGAUGGUACCGAGUUUUUCGAUGAAUUCGAAGACGACUUCAAAGAAUCAUGCUUAGAUGACAUCAAUUGCUUUCAACAAGUGCAUACUUUGUUUGCUCAAUUACAAAACUCUAACCCGGGGCUUUACCAACAGAUUAUGGGGUCACUAUCCGAGGAUAAAGUGGACACUUUGAAAACAAUAAUGGAGUUUGUAGCACAAAACUAG